CUGAGAUCUUUAAACAGAAACAUAUCUGUCCUCUCGGCUCAGAGACAGGAACUCAUCUGCACCCUGUGGGAUGCUUGGACACAUCAGAUCAGUGUUUAGCAUGUGGGUGGUACUAGUCUGUCUGGUUUUCUGCAGCCGGCUGACCAGCGUAGAGGCAGCACCUCUCUGUACCAACGCCCAGGCUGGAUGCCAUGUCCUCUCCCUGGCAAACCUGUUUGACCGGGUCAUUCAGCACUCAGCCAGGAUGCACGGUAUAUCCAAUGACCUCCAUUCUGAGUUCGAGCUUUCCUUCCUUCCCAGUAAGAACCAGAUUGGCCGGGUCAGUCGUAACUGUCACACCUCCACCAUCCUCACCCCAAAUGGAAAAGAGAACGCUCAGAGAAUGGCGAGGGAGGAGCUGACAGAGGUGAUCCUUAAACUCCUGGUGGCGUGGAGAGAUCCUCUGUGGCACUUCCACCAGAAUAUGGCUCACCACCGCGACCUCAACAGCUUCACCUCCAAUAAGUCUUUAGAAAUGAGCGACAUGGUGCACGAGCUACGGAAAGGUGUACAAAAAGUGGUUGAAAAGAUGCAGGUGCUGGGAAUGUUAGGGAAUUCUGUUAGCAGCCUGGCUUCUCCAGAGGCUUUGUUGGGGUCUGACGCUGCAGAGUGGCGCCUCAUGAAGGACUACGACCUCCUCUACUGCUUCCGCCGAGACUCCAACAAAAUUCAGAACUACCUGAAGAUCCUUAAAUGUCGAAUCGUCCCAGAGCAUGGAUGUUAGAAGCCAAAAACAAAAAAACAAACUAGGAUAUAUCAAGUGGAACAGACAUAUUUCAGUUAUACAAACAACCCUGACAAAGCUGUGGUUUUUCUGUCACAUCAGCUGAUGCAAGCAUCAUUUGUUCAGUUCUGUCCUGGCUGAAGAGGAAACCAGAAACUGUUGCCCCACAUGUUAUGUUCCGUCCUCAGAGAACAGAUGACAGACAUGAACAGAUGAGUGUAAUACGUGUUAUAAAAGA